GUGAUAGAGCAAUGAGUUGAUGGCUAUUCAGUGUGGAAUAAAAGACCAUUGGUCAGCCAAGAGUGCUGCCAGGGGCUCUCCCCCCCCCUCCUGCAGAUAAGGCACAGCAGCUCCAUAUCCUGUGCAACAGUGCCACUCUUUUGCUAUAACUUAACUAAGUCAGGUGAAGUCAGCACACUGAGAAUAUUUACCAACGUUUGAGCCUGAACAAAAUGAGUAAUAUGAUGACCGAGAUCAUGGCCUUUCUGUUGACUAUAUCUGGAUGGGUACUCACAGCCUCUACUGUUGCUACAGACUACUGGAAAGUUUCCUCCGUGGAUGGGACGGUCAUCACAACUGCAACGUUCUGGUCAAAUCUGUGGAAGACAUGCGUGACUGACUCAACAGGGGUCUCCAACUGCAAAGACUUCCCUUCCAUGCUUGCAUUAGACGGAUACAUACAGGUGUGUCGUGGUUUGAUGAUAGCUGCCGUGUGUUUGGGUUUCUUUGGGGCUACUCUGGCCUUGGUGGGGAUGAAAUGCACCAAGAUCGGAGGAUCUGAAACAACAAAGGCCCGGAUAGCCAGUGUGGCCGGCUUCAAUUUCAUCCUGAAUGGUCUUUGUUCCUUGACUGCAUGCUCUCUCUACGCACACAGGAUAACAUCUGAAUUUUUUGAUCCCUUGUUUGUCGCCCAAAAAUUCGAGCUGGGUGCUGCAUUGUUCAUUGGCUGGGGGGGGUCUGUUCUCUGCAUAUUAGGAGGCCUAAUCUUCUGCCUGUCUCUAACAGAGGGCCUCAGUCUGAGACACGCUGAGCGCUCCUACAACAGAGAUGCCUCCUUCAUCUCCAUACACCAAAGGCACAACCCCUCCACCAACCUCCAAAAGGACCCCCAGGACCAGGGUGGCACAUCCAGACAGUUUGGGAGAAACGCCUACGUUUGAUGGCUGCCUAGUAUACACAGCCAUACUGCUAUAGCAGGCUGAGAGCUAUUCCUGCAACGUCUGCUUUGGAGUUCUCCUGUUUCACAAAUGAGUACAGAACAAUUGAGCCUCUCCAUUGUCCGAAGUCAGAGAUGAGAGAGAACAAAUGCUAUCUUGCUAUCAUAGGGGUGCUGCAACGCUGCAUGCUGGACUGACACCAUUUCAGCUUUUAUAAGAAAGGAUUCAGCAACAUGCUGUCCGUGAUAGUGUGAUUCAUGAUAGACUUUGUGAUAUUUGGAGGUGAAAUAUAGCAUGUAUCAGUUUCAGUCCCAUCAAUACACUAGGAACACAAUAGUCUAUCUGAUAUUAAAGUGAUUUUCAUUGAAAAUAAAAAAAAGUUGUAUAAGUUUGGCAGCAAAAACAACAAACUUAACCACAUUGAUCUCAAUAAAAAUGUCAAGUUUUUGCCUGAAAUUGCACUGUGCCAUAGCACCAGGUCUUGUGAA